AUGAGAGCUCAUAUUCAUGGAAUCACAGAUAGUGAUUUCCCACAACAACUGAUAAAACUUGGGGAAGGAAUUUUUCUCACUCCGAAUUUAAGCAGAAAUUGUGACGUCCUUCUAAAUGAGUCUCUAGGUCAAAUAGUCCAUGAUUUAGAAAUUUUAAUAGAUGCAGUAUACCCUGACAUCGAGAAUUUGCACGAAAAGGACUUUUAUUGGCUGUGUUCUAGAGCAAUAGUGUCGCCUAGGAAUGAUACUGUCGACGAAAUAAACAAUCUAAUUAUUCAAAAAGUCACCGGCCAAAUAAAAAAUUACAAAUCGAUCGACACCGUGACUAAUAUCGAAGACGCAGGCCAUUACCCACAGGAAUUUUUAAAUUCACUAAACCCUUCUGGACUGCCACCACACGAAUUGACGUUAAAAAUCGAAACGCCAAUCAUGCUUCUGAGAAAUUUAAGCCCCCCAAGCAUGUGCAAUGGGACGAGGCUGCUUAUUAAGGAAUUGAAGGACAAUUUAAUUGUAGCGACCAUUAUCACCGGCCCAUCAGUUAGUCAACUAACUCAUAUAUCGAGAAUACCGAUGAUCCCAACUGAUCUGCCAAUCCCAUUUAAACGUCUUCAAUUUCCGGUAAAAUCAUCUUUCGCGUUAACUAUUAACAAGUCCCAAGGUCAAACUUUCGAAUUAGUAGGGAUCGACCUACGAAAAGAGUGUUUUACUCACGGCCAAUUGUAUAUAGGCCUAUCGCCGGUCGGAGCUCCUAAAAAUCAAUUUAUUUUACUGCCACAAAAUAAAACAACAUCAAAUAUCGUUUAUAGGGAAGCUCUGACCCAAUAA